UGCCAUAGCCCCGAGCGCCUUUAUUUAUCCCUUCACAUCCCUCUCCUGCUCUCACGUCCUCUGCUUUCCACUGGUUCGCCUGGCCGCCAUGGAUCGCCUCUCCUUCUUCCUCACUCUUCUUCUUCUUCUUGCAUCUAAUGCAGCAGGUGAAGGAGGAGAAAGCGUGAACCCCUUCUCACCCAAGGCGUCUCUUCUCAGAUACUGGCGCCGGACCUUCCCCAACGCCGAGCUACCUCCAUUCCUCCUCGGCAAAGCCUCGCCUUUAAACGCCACUCAGGCGGCUGCCUAUGCUCGUUAUAUUGACGCUCACACCCUCCAAGAGCACCUCCCUUCGUUCUGUGCAUCCGCCAACCUCUACUGCACAUCCCUGAAGAAGAAGAAGGGAUCCGCCCCGGCGCCAGUCCCCGACAGCUUCACCGAGUACAGCGGCCGCGACUUCGUCAAGUACACAAAGCCAGGCGCCAUCAGCAGCAGCGACUUCACUAACUACUCCGUCAGCAGCAACGUCGCUAAGGACACCUUCACCACCUACGGCGGCGACCAUGAUCAGCGAGGCCAGCAGUUCACUCGCUACGAGUCCGACGGCAACGUCGGAGCGGGACGGUUCUCCAAAUACGACACCGAGGGCGUCGGCGUAUUCAACAACUACGGCGACAACGGCAACGUCGAUCAGCACCGCUUCACCCGCUACGGCGACGACACCAACGGCGGUCUUCAGUCGUUUACUAGCUACUCUGAAAACGCCAAUCUUGUCGGGAACGACUUCAAGUCCUACGGCUCCGUCGGCAACGGCGUUCUGAGCAAGUUUACCGGCUACUCCACAAGCUCCAACGUGAUUCGCAACGCGUUCACAUCUUACAACAAGGAGGGAAACGGCCCGCUGGAUCAGUUUACCAGCUACGCCGACAGUGGCAACGUCGUUCGGAACGAGUUCCAGUCUUACGAGGCCGACGCCAACGCCGGACUCGAGCAAUUUGAAACAUACUCUGAGCUCGCCAACAUGCCGGAGAGUGUUUUCCGGUCGUACGGGAAAGGCGACAACGGUGCAAGCCUUUCGUUCGACACGUAUGGCAACGCCUCGAACCCGUUGGCUGAGUUCACGGAAUACGGGAAGGACGGGAACGCGAUCACCGCGUCCUUCACCAUGUACAGCAAAGACAACACCACGUUCACCGAGUACCACCGGACGGGCACCACUUUCAACGACUACCGUAACACCACCGUCUCCGCCACGGCGCUCGUCGAGCCAGGGAAGUUCUUCCGGGAGGCGUCUCUCGUGUCCGGCCAGCACAUUCCGGUGCCGGACAUCACGGACAAGAUGCCGCCGAGGUCGUUUCUCCCGAGGUCGAUAGCCGACAAGCUUCCUUUCAGCUCCCGCCGGCUGCCGGAGCUCAUUCAGACGCUCAACGCCUCCGGCUUGCAGGUGGCGAUGGGCCGAACGUUGGCCGACUGCGAGCGGCCGGCGGUGAAAAGUGAAACGAAAAGAUGUGUGACCUCGAUCGAGGGAAUGGCAGAGUUCGCAGCAUCGAUACUGGGUGAGAAGGCAUGGGUCUCGACGACGGCCAACACGGCCGGCUCCGGCAGGAUGGUGGAGGUGGGGAAAGUCCAGGGCCGGAACGGUGGCGGGGUGACCCGGGCCGUGUCGUGCCACCAGAGCCUCUUUCCUUACCUGGUUUACUAUUGCCAUGCCCUGCCACUUGUCAAAGUGUAUGACGUGGAGGUGAUGUUGGAAGGGAAGAAGGCCAAUCAGGCGGUGGCGAUCUGCCACCUGGACACGACCCAGUGGAGCGCCGGCCACGCGGCGUUCAGGGCUCUGGGACACAGGCCAGGGGAGAUCGAGGUGUGCCACUUCAUCUUCCAGAAUGACUUCAUAUGGGUCGCUCGCUACUAGUGCCGCCGCUGCAAUGCAGGCCGCAAAGGAAGGAAGCUCCCGUCUAGCUGUAUUGAGAAUAAUUUAUGAAAAAUAGAACUCGAGCUUCCCGAUGUUGUGGUAAUGAAGAUGGCUUCGAAUCUACUCUACCAUCAUUUCCAAGUGUUUUGUGAUACGGAUAUUGCAGAUUGUUCGCAUUUUGUGACAUAGAUGACUGACUACUUUCACAUUA